CUAAGAGGUUCUCCAUGUGACACUAUAGCUACAUAGGCAUGCAUGGAUGGACAUAACAUGUGGUUUAUGCAUGCCAUCCCUUAUCCAUUCCUAUCCAUCGUUGGAUUUGUUUAUAAAUCAGACCUCAUCACCCCCUUUAUGUAUUAGCUUGCUGUUUGCCAACCAAGAGGGAAGAAGAGAUGGAUGCAGCAGAAGCGGGAGACUGCUCGCCUUGUGGCCCUGAUCUCUGCCCAGGUACCACCACCUCAUACUUCUGCAUUGCGAAUUUACAUAGGGAAGAGAAUGUGGCCGGAGUUGGUAGGGGCGAAAGGAUCAGAGGCCAAGGAGAUAAUCGAGAGGGAGAAUCCAAAUGUGAAGGUUGUGUUCAUUUGGUGCCAUUGGAAGAGGAUCAUGGACUGUUGCUGCAACAGAGUAUGGCUUUUUGUUGAAGGAGAAGAUGGAUGGGAGUCUGGGGACUAUGGGGAGGCUAAAGUGUGUUACAUCCCAAGGGUGGGUUGAAUUUUUUUCAGGGGAGAAAAAAAAAAGCCAGGCAAUUGAUCAUUUAUCAGAAUUUGGAGCUGUCAUAAGUGUGAACUAAUGGCAAUGUAUCAUUAUAAAGUGAUGAUUUGGGUCUUUA